AUGGACCGACCAGCAGUUCCUACUUAUGUCCUUCGUGGCCAUGAUGCGCCUAUCCAUGCCCUUCACUUCUAUUGCCGAAACACGUACGUCGCAUCUGGCGACGGUGAAGGCUGGCUGAUCAUCUGGAGUCUGGCAACGAAGCGACCUGUUGCUGUCUGGAAAGGCCACGAAGGUGCCAUUAUGUCGAUAAAACAGUGGACGGGCAAGAGACUUGUUAGUCAUGGAAGAGAUCACAAACUACGGGUGUGGCAGGUCCAAGACGAAGACCUUGCCGGUCUGAGUACGAAUCUCCCUGGUGACAAAACGACUGUUGCUCGACGUGAGCCAUGGCUUCUGCACUCAAUGUCAGUCAAUGCUCUGAAUUUCUGCGCCUUUUCCAUGUGUAAUGAGUCGCCUGGGCGCAACUCGGAUACGGCGGCCCUGCCACAAUUGAUAGCCUCUCCCAACGGUCUCGAUUCCGGAGGUAUAGACAUCUUCCAGCUCCCAUCCGAGCGACGAAUAUCGCAGAUUGCAUCUAUUCAGGGCUCCCCGACGGGCAUGGUAAUGGCCGUCUCCAUUUUCCACGAUGCAAGCUCCAGACUUGUCGUGGUGUCCGGAUACGAAGACGGAAGAGUCAUGGUUCACGCUCGUAGCGGAAGUUUCGCCGACGAGGGGGGUUGGCAACGGAUCAUGUUAACCAAGGCGCAUCCUAGUUCACAGCCGGUAUUGUCGCUCGACGUUUCGCCUUCAAAUGACUAUUUCAUAACUUCCGGCGUCGACUCGUGGAUCGCUAGAUAUUCACUUAACAUCCCACACACACCAUCCGAGACACUCUUGGAGACCCAAGCCGAGAAAUCUGUGAAGACGAAGCAUGCCGGUCAGCAAGGCCUCAGCAUUCGCUCGGACGGCAAGAUAUUCGCGACCGCAGGGUGGGACGCGCGAAUUCGAGUUUACUCGACACGGACAAUCAAAGAACUGGCUGUCCUGCAAUGGCAUCAACAAGGCUGCUACGCUACGUGCUUCGCAGACGUUGAUCUCGAUCUCGAUGAUACGACUACUCCUACUGAACACUCGGACUCAGACCCAAGUAUUCAGUCCAAAGAGAUCCUCGCACCGCCUACAGCCCUUGAGAUUAUCAAACGCAAACGAGAAGAAAAAGCACGCAAGGUACAUUGGAUUGCCGCUGGUGGUAAAGACGGUAAAAUAUCUCUCUGGGACAUUUACUGA